AGAAACUUUACAGAGUGGAGAGUGGCAAAGGAGUUAGACCCUUCCGCCCAGACCUGAUCCUAGAGACUGCAGGAGAAGGGGAGCUGGAAGUGUAUAUGCUUGUAAAAAGUUGCUGGGAGGAAGAUCCAGAGAAAAGGCCUGACUUUAAGAAAAUUGAGAGCACUCUGGCUAAAAUAUUCAGUAACUACCAUAGUCAGACCAAUGAAAACUACAUGGAUACCUUGAUCCGGCGUCUGCAGCUGUAUUCCCGGAACCUAGAGCAUCUGGUAGAGGAGAGGACGGAGCUAUACAAGGCAGAAAGGGACAGAGCGGACAGGCUUAAUUUCAUGCUGCUCCCACGGCCAGUGGUAAAAUCUUUGAAGGAAACUGGGCGGGUAGAGCCAGAGCUGUUUGAAGCAGUCACCAUCUACUUCAGCGACAUUGUCGGCUUCACCACGCUAUGCCAAUACAGCACCCCCAUGGAAGUGGUGGACAUGCUCAAUGACAUCUAUAAGAACUUUGACCACAUUCUUGACCAUCACGAUGUUUACAAGGUGGAGACCAUUGGUGAUGCGUACAUGGUAGUGAGUGGCUUACCAAAGAGAAACGGCAACCGCCACGCAGUGGACAUCUCUAUGAUGGCACUGGAUAUCCUUAGUUUCAUGGGGUCCUUUGAAUUACGACAUCUUCCAGGCCUGCCUGUUUGGAUUCGCAUAGGGAUUCACUCUGGUCCAUGUGCUGCUGGUGUGGUUGGGAUUAAGAUGCCUCGUUAUUGUUUAUUUGGAGACACAGUUAACACAGCUUCAAGGAUGGAAUCCACAGGUUUACCUUUACGGAUUCAUGUAAGUGGGUCUACUAUCGCCAUCCUGAAGAAGACAGACUGCCAUUUCCAGUAUAAAGUGAGAGGAAAGACUUACCUGAAGGGCAAAGGAACUGAGAUUACCUACUGGCUGACGGGGGUGAAGGACCAGCAGUAUAAUCUCCCAACACCUCCUUCUGUGGAGAAUCAGCAGCGGUUGCAAGAUGACUUAGCAGGGAUGAUAACAGAGUCUCUGGAGAAAAGGCAAUCUGAAGGGGUCCUGGUGCGUGAGCCUUCCCGGGUGGCCAGCUACCGAAAAGGCACCCUAGAGUACCUGCAGUUGGCCACCACAGAAAACUACAGCACCUAUCUGUAA